AUGCCUGUUAACAUGCGCACAGGCUCCGGUUGUCCCAACAUGGAGAACACAUUUGCGCCACCUAUCUUCAACAUCCCUACGUGCUCGUCAGACCCAUUGGUAUCGUGCCGAAACAUGAAGGCCGCAAUGGAUGAUUUGAAAAGCAAGCCAGUGCCCCAUGUAUUCUACUUUUCUAUUCGGUUCAUGGCAUUUUACACUCCUGCGUUCCUCAGCAAAUACCUGCUGGACGAUCUUGCGAGCAAAACAUCAGCGGUAGUCUCGAAUGUCCCGGGACCAUUGGAGAACAAGUACUUUGUCGAUAAGAAGCUAGAGAGAAAGAGAAUCGCUAUGUGGUCUCCUCAACGUGGCACAGUAUCGUUUGGAGUGACCAUGUUUACUAUUGGGAAUCGCGUGAACGUAGCAUCCGUGAUGGAUACUGGCGCCGAUGACAAACCGCAAAUGCUAUGCAACUAA